AUCACGAAGCUGGCACUUAUGAAAAGAAAAUUCAAAAUAAAUUAGCUGAAAAAAACCAUUGCGAAUCAAACACAUCAGAUCACUGUUUGGGAUAGUCAGUCUUUAAAAAAUGUAUUCCGAUAGGUCUGAGGGUUCGAGAGGUUCCGGAUACGCACAGUUUUCAGCUAUCAGCAGUUCAAUUGAUUCAAAACAGAGCAUAGCGAUAUACACGGUCAUUUCCAAUUCAACUUCAACUACAUAUGAUAAAAUUUCAGAGGGCUUUUAUGACAGACAGACUGGUAAAUUCAUAACACCAAAAUCGGGCCGACAGGGGAAACUUCCUAGAAUUAAAGAUGAUAAUCCUGAUCAUGUAGAACAGAAAAACUCCAACAGUAACCAAGAACAUACUAAAGACUCCAAACGUCCAUGUAUAAUUGUGAUCCUGUCAGUGAUUGCCGUUGUUAUAUCAACUACUGUUGCAACUAUUGCGGUCCUGUACCUUCAAGGACAAGAUUCUCCCAACGAUAACGGAAAUAUGUUGCGCCUUAACCGAAGCUAUCUAAGAAGAAUUAAUGGAACCGAAAUCUUCAGUGACUGCAAAGAUCUAAAGCUGUUUGGAAACGAUAGUGAUGGGCUUUACACUGUAUACCCCGACCCACUUACAGAGACGCCAGUCGUCGUGUACUGUGAUAUGACAACGGACGGUGGAGGAUGGACGGUGUUCCAACACAGACGAGACGGGUCUGUUAAUUUCUAUCGUCAAUGGGACAGUUACAAGAAUGGCUUUGGAGUGGCAUCAGGAGAGCAUUGGAUUGGUAACGACAAUCUUCACAAGCUUACUACUUUAGGAACCACUGACUUGUAUGUUCGUCUAGAAGCAUUCAGUGGACUCUGGUAUUACGCCAAAUACGGCGACUUUAAAGUGGCUGAUGAAUCCGAUGGCUACAGACUGAGUCUUAAAGCCGGGUCGUAUGAAGGAAAUGCUGGCGACGGCAUGGACAAUCAUGGAAGUACAGAUCCAAGUGGCAUGCAAUUCAGCACCAUUGACAGGGAUAACGAUAACGCCCCCGCGCGGUGUACUUUUGCUCGCCAGGGGGCGUGGUGGUAUAACGUUUGUACGCUGACAAACCUGAAUGGGAUUUAUGGGAACGGAACCUGUUUGACAACUGAAACAUGUAACUUUUGGUAUCUAAUAAGUUCAAGCUAUGUCGGUGUGAAAACUUCCUAUAUUAUGGUUCGGCGUUUAGAAAAUCAAUUUUAUUGUGCAUCGUGUAAGUCCAGUAAAUGAUCUGAUGUUUGUCCUGUAUCUUCAUUAUUAUUCCGAUGGUUUAGGAAUAGUUUUCAUUUAUUGUUUUAGGUAGUUUUUUAAAUUACAAACUUUUUUGUUUUUUUUUAUAUUAUAACAAAAAUGUGUAUUAUAUUCAUUGUAUUGUUAUCUAUACAUUCAUAUAUAAAUUAAUGUUAUAUGAUCAAUUAAGUAUUUCUAUUAAUAUUUCAUUGUGUCUUACAUCAGACAUGCAAUUCUAGUUAAAAUGCCUCGUAUCAUGUUCAGUUAUUUGUUGUUUACCUAUCAAAAACCUAUUAUUGACGUGAUUCACCAAAUCAUUUACAUGUUCUGAAUUAUCGUUCGUGUUUUGACACUACCCCCGUUCAUUGUUUACAUUUUUACGAAAUCAAUUUAUUUGCUUUGACACGUUAUUCGAUCGAGUAAAUGCAUGAUAUUUGUUUAAAACAUCUUUAUAUUUACAAAAUUAAUCAUCCUGUUCAGUUCCAUGCCAUUUUAAUGCUCUUUCCGCGAGAUAAUCGUCAUUUUACCGCUCAAAAAUUUCUAUGUACGGAAUAUGCUUCACAAACCGCUUCACUCUUCAACAUGCAACGUAUUCUGACACUUAUUUUUGUGUUAGCAACAUUUCUUAAUUUUUUGUUAUAUCAUGUAUUAUUGUAUUUAGAUGCUGACCACUAUUUUCCCGUAUUUUUACCUCAGUGUGAUCAGUGAUUGCUUUUAUCGGUCACCUUGAUUGAUGAACUAUGUCUUCAUAGCGAGCUUCCGUAUUCAAGUGUAUCGCUACGCGCACUACUUCAGAAGGUGUUUAAUUUCAAUUUAUUUAAAGUGUAAAAUAUUGCAAGGAUGUGUAUUAAGGCUAUAUGCGUAUUUUGACAUAGAAAUAUGUGUCCGUGUUAUUAAAUUAAUCCUGACAAGGCUUUGUAUAGGAAUAACAUGUUUUUUAUUAUUUAAAAUUUAAAAAUAAAAUAUUUUAAAUAUGCUUGUUCGGAAAUAUAGGAUACUUGUCCGGAAUGUCCAUGAUCCGUACAGAUUUCUGAUUAGUUGUUUGUGUCCAGAUAGAAAAGGACAAGUAUUCCUUGUUUGGAGAAGGUUAUACAUAUAUACUAGUUCCAGCAGCAGUAUCACUUGAACACUCGUUCACAUCCCGUUUGGUUAAGCACUCAUAAGUUCAAAUAGGUUAUUCAUUUUUAUAACGAGUUGUCCGGAUGUCCAGAUAAGGCUGACUGAAUUAUUUACAAUUUACUGGAAAUUAUGAGGACUUAAUUAGCAUACCUACACUGUAGUACAAAUGGGGAGGGGGUUUGAUUUUACCAGAUAGAAUUAGACUGCGUGUUUUGACUAAAGCUUCCCGAUCGGUGCAAGUUUAUGCAUUUAAUAUUUAUUAAUUCAGUACAAUUCCUAUACGCUGUUUAUAGUUGAUACUGAGCUUGGAAACGACAAAUCCGUCAGAUACGAGAACUUGUAGCAUUAUAUUUUCUUUUUGAAGAGUUUUUGAAACGUUGAUAGCCCCGGGUUUCGGGUUGUAUUGUUUGAAAUGGUCAGCAUCUUUGUCUGUGUUGUGAUAUUUAUAUAUUUAGCCAUCCUGAAUAAAUUGAUGUGUGUUA